AUGGCUGUGAUCAUGCCUGAUCUAACCGACCUCAAUGAUGUCACGGACGGUACCUCGCCACGUGUGACAAUUAGCGGCUGGGAAUCUGGAAUGCUCCACCCAUUCUCUUCUCUAGCGACGGAGGCUGAACAUCGAAGAUACAAGAACUGCUUCCAUGUCUUGACGGGCCAGGUCUUGAGCUGUCUUGACGAGUUACGCCCACGGUGUCCGCUCGUUAAUCCGUCCGGUGUAGUUGACAUCGAGAAGUUGUGGCAGCUCUAUUGGAAUAUUUUGGUCGUGUCUGCGCCCAUCCAUCAAUUACUUACGACCUCCUUUAGGGAUUCUGCGGACUCUUCACCGAAUGAAUUCUCCUCACACCAAGCUCUGCUGAGCAUUCUCAAACUUGCGCAUACUUGGGGACCCAGUCUAGAUGUGGAACGUUCAUUAUGGCUCUACUUCAGUCGCAAGCUGGACUCGACAAUGGAUCCUGAUAGGGACUUAUUCGAUUCUGAGAGCUAUGCUGCCAAGAUCCGGGCAAUCACACAGCCUGAAGUUCAUGCGUAA